CGACUCGUUCAGUUUCCGGGCGAGAGUCGCGCAGUCCGCUUGCUUCGCGACGCGACUCCGUCACGUAUUAGAUAGUUAAUUUCUAGCCGCCACCAUGCUGAUAGGACUCGUUCGUGACUCGGUGAUGCAGUGCUUCUGCCACUCAUGCAGAGCGCCUGUACUUCCAGCAGCGCAUCGGCGGUCAGCACCAGUGAAGAAACCCGUCGGAAAACCAAGAACUAAACAACCAAAGAAAGUCAAAUUCAUCACCACUGAAAUCCGCUGCCAAGAGAUGUCUAAGGGCGGUCUGGCGUACGAGGUGAUUCUCGCCGAGCCGGUAGGUGUGCCCGUGCCGCGCCGCGCUGACUCGCCCGAGAAGACUCCCUCUGUUGAGGAGAUCCAGGAGAAACUUAAAGCGGCGGAAGAGAGGAGACGUAGUCUAGAGGCCAGCAAGAUGGCAGCGAUCGCCCAGAAGAUGGCGAAGAUAGAAGAAGCGUCUAAGAUCCGCAGCGAACAAACCAAUAACUUCAUCUCGGCCACCAAGGAGGCGUUGGAUGCCAAGAUGGACUCGCACGAGGAGAAGCGCGAGGCCUACAUCAACGAGCUCAGGGCGAGGCUCAAGGACCACCUCGAGGGUGUUGAGAAGACCCGGUUGACCCUGGAACAGCAGACCGCCGAGGUGUACAAGGCGAUCGAGGACAAGAUGACCACGGCGGCCGACAAGCGCGAUGAGAACAUUAAGAAGAUGCUGGAGCGUCUGCGUGAACAUGAGGAGCAAGUCCGCAAGGUGCGCGCCGGCAACCAGGAGCGCUUCCAGCAGCUGGAGAGCGCGAUCCAGGACAAGCUGCAGCAGGCCGCCGAGCGCCGCCUGCAGCUCGAGCAGGAGCAGAAGGAGAAGCUGCGCAACCAUAACAAUAAGUUGGCGGAAGUGCGCUCCGUGCUGUCCGCCAAAGUGGAGGAGAUCACGAAGGACAUCGAGACGAAGCUCACCGCGGCGGAGAUCAACCGCGAGAAGGAGAUGCAGAGGAAACUCGACUUUGUCAAGAAGGAGGAGCGGCGCGCCGAGCUGGUCCGGCAGAACAAGUGCGCGCGCGCCGAGACGGACGCGCCCACGUCCGGCUAGGUCGCCUCCCCCCGUGCCCCCUCCCCCCUCCAGCUCCCCUUUCCCCCCACACCGCCCUGCGACCGCGCGCUCAGCGGUUACGUCAGUCAUAAGUAAUUGCUGAUUGAUAGCAAGAAUCAGACACUCGGUAAUUGCUGACUGGUUUGGUUAGAUGUACACGUGCUUUGGAGCAGUGGUUCACUGAUUAGCUUGAUGGAUUCGUGCUGAGAAGGUGUUCGGUAAUUGCUGAAUGUACUGAAGGUGAACAUCAGUGACUGAUGAAUACGUUCUUAGCAGACUUGUUGUUCAGUAAUUUCUGAACACAUGUAUUCUUGUUUAAAAUGCUGCAGAGUGGUGGCUCACAACAUUCGCGUAUGCUCUAAAAAGCAGUAGCAGGCAGCAAUUACUGAACAUCACAUGUUUAUGAAUUUCAUUAAUAAUCAACAAUUACUGAAAAUGUUGUAUGGAUUGCAUUACACAGCAUCGAAAUUAAGCAAGAUUUUUGGUCAGCAACUACUGAGAUUAUUAAUGUCUAAACUCCAGUAUACAGUAAUAAACAGUCACAAAAGAUAAAUAGUCAGCAAAUACUAAGCUAAUUUUCAGUAUAAAUACUUGAAUGUUUUGAACGCUGACUAAAUGUUGCUGACCUAGCUAUGAAGCUGCUGAGCAUUUAAUUAUCUAUAAUUAUCAUUUACACCACGAACGUGUGAGGGUUUGUAAAGUAAAAACGACAGAUUAAAAAAGUACCGUAAAAAUCGAGCCAUAGACUUCUUGCCUACACUGCCAUAAUUUGAACACCAGUCAACACAUGUGGAAUUAAAUAAUUCAUAAAGUCCAAUAUAGCGUUUGGCGUAGGGCAAUAAAACAAAGGGUUCCACACCUAUCCUGUGCCUAGGCAUCUAGUUCACACCUACGGACUAACGUAUUAUUGCCAGUUGAGGGCGGGAAACGGCGUAUUAAUAGAAAUAUUAUAGCAAUACUGUGUUUACAUAACGAUGAUGUAACAUCAGUACCCUCGUAACUUGCUUUCUUUUGAGGUCAACUCGACUUAGGUAUUAUUUCACGUGGCAACAUCGCUGACACAGGCCUAUUAAAUUAAAAAUUAUAAAAAAAAAAAUUAGAUGUGUCAUUACACGGGGAGCGUUCAUACAAUGUAGAUGUAAUUGGUUUGACUAAGAUGGAUAUUGGGGGUAAAUAAUUCG